UUUAUUCAGUUGAUACGUUGACCGCAUCGAAGCAAGAACUUUUUGUUUAUUUAUUUGCGUUGGCGACAUAUGUGACCGAACGAGCAACGCAUAAUGACGCAAUUGUCUGACGAACAAUUUCGCAUACUCAUUGAAACAAUCAAAUCUUUGGCACCCCAGCAAGAUGAGAAGGAGCAGCAAUCGAAGGGCAGCUUUAGCAACUGUGCGGUUCGGUUUAGCGGGCAGCGAGACCACGACGCUGUCGACGAGUUCAUAACAGCAGUCGAAACAUACAAAGAGGUAGAGGGUAUUAGCGACAAAGACGCACUGAAAGGCAUUUCGUUGCUUUUCAAUAGCGUUGCCGUUAUGUGGUGGAAGGGCGUGCGGCGAGAUGCCAAAACCUGGCAAGAUGCUCUACAGCUGCUACGCGAUCACUUCUCGCCCACAAAACCCUCCUAUCAGAUAUACAUGGAAAUCUUCGAAUCGAAACAGGAAAGCAGAGAAGUAAUCGACCAGUUUAUAUGCAAACAGCGCGCUCUGCUGGCAAAGCUGCCCGAGGGUCGCCACAACGAGGAGACCGAGUUAGAUUUCAUCUACGGCCUGAUGCAGCAAAAGUACAGAGAGCACAUACCACGUCACGAAAUCAAAUCCUUCAAAGAGUUGCUCGAACGUGGCCGAAUGGUCGAGCGCACGAAAUGAGCAACAAUUUUAACUAGUCGAACUGUUUUUAUCCCUCUAUUAAAUAAAAUAUUUGUAAGCUACAUAAGUAAAUCUCCAGGGUAUUUCCACUUCCACGCCAUAGUUCAGUUAAGUUGAAAGUAUGAAAACGAAAGAAGACUGAACGCCGUUAAGUUAACUGUGCUUUUCUAAAGACAAACAAAAAAUGUUUACCGGAGAGUAAAUACCCUUACAAAAUUGUGAUAU